AUGUCAUAUGCUCUGGCUUCAAAGAAACGAAAGUUUCACCGUGUCCUCGACUCCAUCUCCCUCGGAGCCUCUCAGAAACCGACGUCAGCACAGCAAUCCUCAUCAGGCGACAAGCUCAUGUUUGACGGAACAGCACAAAUAAACCCUUCAAUAAAACGCGUUCGAUUAUCAGGAGGUGAUAAUUCCGACGAUUCACCCGUUCUACUCUCAGGAAAAGCAAUUUCCCGGCAUUCGACGCCUUCAACCGCAUCUUUACGACCUAGCUUUGUACCCUGGGACCGCGAGCGAUUUUUGGAACGACUGGAAACGUUUCGCAACGUUGAACGGUGGAAGCCGCAGCCAGACACUAUAAAUGAAGUCCAAUGGGCAAAGCGAGGAUGGUCAUGCACCGAUAAGAACCGAGUGGAGUGCGUUGGCGGGUGUGGCCAUUCUGUUGUUGUUAAGUUACCCGACGAUAUAGAUGAGUUGGAAGAAUACGACAGUGAAAAGAUAGCAGACCGGAGAGAACUUCGAGCCCAAUUGGUCCUCAAAUAUCAAAAUCUAAUUGCUGAAGGGCAUGCUGAAAAAUGCCCUUGGAGGAACUCUGGUUGUGAUGACUCGAUACAUCGUUUACCAUUAACUAACGCAGAGACGACAUUGCGGAAUUUCCAGACACGAUAUAAAAACCUCGUGUCAGCCGGUAUUAGACUUCCACCAAUAGAUGUUCUUAUCUUGCCUGAGAAGUUUAACUUAGAAUCAACGCUGGCCUUCCUGCCACCCGGAAUCCUUGAUGGUCGCGCGGAAAUAAGUGACCCAGCGAAUACUGUGCCAAGUAGUGAUACAGAAGGUUCCUCGGAAAACACAUUACUAGCUCUUAACAAGGCCGCAUUUGCUCUUGCGUUCUUCGGAUGGGAUAUCGCUGGCGAAGCAAACGCUGGCUUGGCUGGCUGUAAGGCGUGUUUCAGGCGGUUGGGACUAUGGAUGUAUACGCCAAGAGAAGAUGGAAGGGAUUCUCUCUACUCCGAAUUAAAUGUUGUUGGUGAACAUCUGGACUAUUGCCCUUGGAUAAACCCUGGAUCCCAGAGCGGAAACAAGUCUGGGCAAUGCGGCUGGGAAGCCCUAGGCCGUGUGAUGGAAAGCGAACAUCGACGGUAUAUGUGGUCUAAAAAUAAGCCACUGCAAGCUGAAAAAACCUCUUCAAGUGAAACAGAAAACAUUCCUGAGUUACUAGAUGAGGAGACCAGAAAGACCAAAGACAGGGAGUGGUGGGCGAAGCUUUUGCGCGUCCGCCAGGUCCUUCAGCCAAAGGGAACUAAAAAGACAAAACUAAAGUAA